AAGCUAUGAUAGGCCGACGCUGUCCCACCCACGAGCGUCGCGUACGCGCGUCUUGCGAAAAGCCGAGCCUGUUUACAAAAGUUUUUUCGCCAGAAUCCCAGAGAUUUUGGACUUUGGGACAGUGUGCACAGUGACGGAGCUGAAGGACGACAAAGAGCCAACUAAGUUUGGGGCCACAAUGAUCCGCUUUGCUCCUCUCAAUGUCCCACUGAGGAGACGCCUGCAGACCGCCGCCGUGUUGCAGUGGAUCUUCUCCUUCCUGGGCUUAGCCCAGUGUUGUCUUGCUGCCUUUGUCCUCCUGGCUGUCUCCUAUUGGUGGACGGCGGCUUUGCUCUACGCCGGUUGGCUGUGGCUGGACUGGGACACGCCCAGUCGUGGGGGUCGGAGGUCCCAGUGGGCCAGGAGUUGGAGCGUGUGGGAACAUUUCAGAGACUACUUUCCAGUAAAGCUGGUGAAAACAGUCGACCUGGACCCAAAUAAGAACUACAUCUUUGGAUUUCAUCCGCACGGGGUGCUGGUCGCCGGCGCAUUCUGUAACUUCUGCACCGAGUCCACGGACUUCUCCAGUCUCUUUCCAGGACUCAAGUCUCACCUGCUGAUGCUGCCCUUUUGGUUCCGGGUUCCCCUCUUUAGAGAUUACAUCAUGAGCGGAGGUCUGGUAUCAAGUUCUAAAUCCAGUCUUUCCUACCUGCUGAGUCGCGCUCAAGGAGGAAACGUCGCCGUCAUUGCAGUGGGCGGAGCACCAGAGUCCCUGGAUGCUCGGCCGGGAGCUUUUAAGCUACAAGUGAAAAAUAGAAAGGGCUUUAUCAAAAUGGCGCUGAGACAUGGAGCUCAGCUGGUUCCCGUCUUCUCCUUUGGAGAGAAUGAGCUUUUCGAUCAGAUUGAGAACCCGUCCGGUUCUCCUCUACGGAAGAUGCAGGACCGUCUGCAAAGAAUUUUGGGAGUCGCGUUGCCUCUGUUCCACGCCAGAGGAGUUUUCCAGUACAGCUUUGGACUGAUGCCAUACAGGAAGUCCAUCCUGACAGUCGUGGGGACACCCAUCUGUGUCGCGCACAGUCCCAAUCCAAGCAGCGAAGACAUCGAGUCUCUUCAUAAAGUUUACCUGGAGCGCCUGAGUGAGCUGUUCGAAGGACACAAACACAAGUACGGGGUGCAGGAAGACCAACACCUGACGUUCAUUUGACUUUCUCCUUGCUCGGGAGAUAUAUAGGAGAUGCUUUGGUAUUCGGACUGUGUUAUUCUUUCUGUUCAAUAAAAUGACAAACGCUU